AUGUCAGGGUUAUCCAAUCUAUUGUACCUUAUCUUCGGUUUGACUUUGGUGAAAGGGGCCAAUAUUCCGUCUUUCACACAUGAAGUUACCAUGGAUAUUGCGAAAGAUGGUGAAACCAUCGGACAGAUAGUACUGGGACUCUACGGAGACGUUACGCCAAGGACAGUGGCUAACUUCACAGCGCUCUGCCAGGGUACGACCAUCAAGGGGAAGCACUACACAUACAAGGGCUCCAAAUUCCACAGGAUAAUACCAAACUUCAUGGCCCAGGGCGGCGAUAUCGUUAAAGGCAAUGGUACCGGGAGCGUCAGCAUAUAUGGCGACAGGUUUGAAGAUGAGAACUUCGACAUACAUCAUGGACCACCUGGCGCACUAUCCAUGGCAAACUCUGGACCCAACACUAACGGUAGCCAGUUUUUCAUCACUACGGUACAUACUCCAUGGCUGGAUGGAAGGCAUGUUGUAUUCGGGCGCGUCACCGACGGUUGGACCGUGCUACAAGAAAUGGAACUUCUGGGCAGCACUAGUGGGAAAACAACUGCCAAUGUUACCAUGGCCGAAUGUACUGUGAAACAACUUUAA